UUUCAUCGAUGGCAACCGGCUCACAAUCGAAGGUGGGGCGGAAUCCGAUGAGACAAGCUAAAAGAACUACUGGUCAUUCGGAACAACACAUUGUUAAUUCUGCCGUACCUUCAGCCCCAAGAGAGUCCAUUGACAAUCUUGCUACCAGUUCUCAAUAUACAGUUUCGACAGAGCUAAUCGAGGUGGAGGAGCAUGACAGUUUGUCUGAACAAGAAAUUUCAUCUUGGGCACCCCUUAAGCUGACUGCUAGAGGGGGCCGGCCUGGCGCGUACACUCCUCCGCUCAGGCAGAAAUCUAGCGAUGGUAAUACAUCGCGUAAUGAGACGAAGAAAGAAAUACAAGAGGAUGACGAGGCAACUCUUCGAGAGCUGCUUAUUAGUUUGCAGAAGCAGGUAACCGUAAUGAGUAUGAAUUUGAGCGCCAAGCUAGACGAGCUCCAACGCGGCGACCGUCAUCUCGAAACCACUGUGGCGCUCUGCGAAAUUCGUACUCAAUUACAAGAACUCACGAAGUCGGUCGAGUCAUGUCAGUCGGAAGUAUCCGAAGUGAAACGGGAUAUGGUGGCUAUCAAACAUGAACUCGACACGGUACAACAAGUUAAAGAAGAGAUCGAAGAACUGAGAGAGUACGUCGAUCGACUCGAAGAGCAUACGCAGCGUAGAAAAUUAAGACUACUUGAACAGGGUCUCACUGCUUUCUUGUCAUAUGCAAUAUUUGCAGCUGUACUGGGCAUGCUACAAUUUGGUUACAAUACCGGGGUAAUAAAUGCACCACAAAGUAAUAUAGAAUAUUUUAUUAAAGAUGUUUAUAAGUCGCGUUAUGCUGAAGAUCUUCCAGAGGAAAUUGUUAAAACAUUAUACUCAGUUGCUGUGUCAAUUUUUGCUAUUGGAGGAAUGAUUGGGGGUUUUGGAGGUGGUAUAGUUGCUAACAAAUUUGGUCGGAAGGGCGGAUUACUUCUAAAUAAUAUCCUAGGAGUUGCUGGAGGAUGUCUAAUGUGGUGUACAAAAGUAGCGAACUCUUACGAAAUGCUGUUUUUUGGCCGAUUUAUUAUGGGCGUUAAUUGUGGACUGAAUACUUCUUUAGUACCUAUGUAUAUAUCCGAAAUUUCCCCUUUGAAUCUACGUGGCGGAUUAGGAACAAUUAAUCAAUUAGCAGUUACUGUGGGAUUAUUAAUAUCUCAGGUGCUCGGUAUCGAACAAAUACUCGGAACUAGCGAAGGAUGGCCUCUUCUUCUAGGUUUGGCUGUUGUACCUGCCUUAAUGCAAUUACUUCUUCUUCCAGUGUGUCCAGAGAGUCCCAGGUAUCUACUUAUAACGAAACAAUGGGAAGAAGAGGCCAGAAGAGCUUUGAGAAGAUUGAGAGCUAGCAAUCAGGUGGAAGAAGAUAUUGAGGAAAUGAGAGCCGAAGAACGAGCACAACAAGCCGAGUCAUCUAUUAGCAUGCUGGAACUAAUUUGCUCACCCACUCUUCGUGCACCACUUAUUAUUGGUAUUGUAAUGCAGCUAUCGCAACAGUUAUCAGGGAUCAACGCUGUAUUUUACUAUUCGACAGAUCUUUUUGAGAGUUCAGGAUUAUCCCCGGAAAGUGCAAAGUUUGCGACCAUAGGUAUCGGUUGCAUAAUGGUUAUUAUGACGCUCAUUUCAAUUCCAUUGAUGGACCGAAUGGGUAGAAGGACGCUGCAUCUUUAUGGUUUAGGAGGAAUGUUCAUAUUUUCCAUUUUUAUAACGAUUUCGUUCUUAAUAAAGGAAAUGAUCGACUGGAUGUCGUAUUUAUCGGUGGUCUCGACACUCUUUUUUGUACAAUUCUUUGCAAUGGGACCGGGCUCAAUACCUUGGAUGAUCACUGCCGAACUUUUUUCCCAAGGACCUCGUCCAGCUGCUAUGUCCAUAGCAGUAUUAGUUAACUGGAUUGCAAAUUUCUUGGUGGGCAUUGUGUUCCCAAGUAUGAAGAGUUAUCUAGAUAAUUACACGUUCCUGCCAUUUAGCGCAUUCUUAGCCUUAUUUUGGACCUUUACAUAUAAGAAGGUACCAGAAACAAAGAACAAGACGUUUGAAGAAAUACUUGCUCUAUUCAGGAAAGAAAACGAAAGUGAAGGUGAAAACAAUACUCCAUCUACGGUUCCACCGCAACAAGAAUCCAAUAACGUUUCAGAUACAAAACUUUAACAACUUUUUUAUCUCAAAACAAAUGAUAAUUAUUAAAUUCAUUAUUUUUCCUUAAAAUCAUUAUAUUUUAUAUGUUUUUAUUUAUAUAAAUUACGAAGACAGUAAACACUAUUUAAAAUCAAUAUUAUUUAGCCCAAUAACUGAAAAUUAUUUGUCUGCAUCAUAUUGGAUAAAUUAUGAAAUAAAAUACCUUUUUGGACUGGCAUUGUUUCUAAUUUUGAAAUUUUAUAAAACCUUAAAGUGUGAAUUUUAAAUUUACACAAUGUCAGUACAAGAAAGUAUUUAACUUGAAACCAAUUUCAAAGAAAUAA